UUGAAGACGGCUGUGAUUUUAUCAAAUCAUAAGUUUAUCAAUAAAUCCAAAAUUAUAUUUCGGUAGAAACACAGUAUAUUAUACUGUUACUGAAAAUCCCGUGAAACAAAACUCGGCAUCGAAUUUACAAGAUAACGAUUCUUGAGGUUAAAAAUUGUACAUGGGUCGCACUAAAAGGAAAAGGUCUAGAAGGUUUCCAGCAGAAUCAAUUGUGAAUAAUGAUCAAUCAAUUAUCAAGCUACAGAAAUGGAUGGUGAGAAAUGGUUGGAAAAACGAACAAAAACUUAUCCUGAAAUCUUUUCCUGGCACAGGCAGAGGACUGUCUUCAAACCAUACAAUUCAGCCAAAUGAUGUUUUGAUAACUAUUCCUUUUGAGUUAAUGAUCACAUAUGGUACAUUAAAAGAUGAUUUACUAGGAAUAUUAUCUCCUGGAACCAAGUUAACUGUGCAUGAACUACUUUCCCUAUUCCUGGUGUAUGAAUUCAAUAAGAAAGAGACAUCUCCUUGGAAAUAUUAUAUUGAUAGUCUGCCCCUAGAGACACCUCAUUUACCUUGGUAUAACUCAACUAAUGAAUUACAUGCACUUGGCAAGAAAAUGCAUGAUACAUUUAUGAACAGCUUUGAAAAGGUGAGAGCUUCAGUCAGGAGAAAAGUGAUUGAUCAUAUUGGAUUCAAUGAAAAUAUUUAUAAAUGGGCUUAUGUAAUGGUUAAUACAAGGGCAGUUUAUGUGGAUCCCAACCUUGUUGGUAGAGGAAAAUGUUUGCUAGAUGAACCAUGCUUGGCUCUCUGUCCCUUCUUGGACAUGUUCAACCAUCACUUCUCUGCCAGUACAGAAGCUACUUUGAAGAAUGAGGAUGGCAGAUUGGUCUACCAGCUGAAAACUCUGAGUGCAUUCAAGAAAUACUCACAGAUCUUCAUUUCAUAUGGUAGUCACAACAACAUCAAGCUGUUGAUGGAAUAUGGCUUCUUCAUUCCAAAGAACAUCUAUGAUGUGAUAAAGUUCACCUUCUCAGAAGUAUUAGCAGUUAUUGAUAUGGACUUGAGUCAAGCAAAGUACAGGUAUAUUUGUGAUCACCUAUUUACUGAUGAUUUGUAUGUGAGUUUAGAUGGGCUCUCUUACAAUUUGAGAGCAGUUUUGUUUGUUGGGUUAUGUGGAGAUGAAAGAAAUUUCAAUUCAGUAAUUUUUAGUGAUACUUAUCCUGAACAGUUCAUCAGCAAAUUACCAAAAUUCAUCAACAUUUUGUUGGACUAUAAAUCAAAUAUAUUUCAGGAUCAAUAUAAUGAAUUGAAAUGUACAAAAGCUAAGGAAAGUGAACUGGUAGAGCAAUUUCUUCUGUACAGAAUAACUUUUCUAUCUGAUAUUAAAAACAAGUUUGUGGUGGAUAUAUGUAGGUAGGUAUUUGAUUUAUGUAAUUCACUAAGAAUCAAAGUCAAUAAAUUUAUUUAACUGAUUAAUGUUUAAUUUGAAUUCUAAACUCUAAACUAAACUACUUUUCAGGGUAAACUAGAAAAUCUCAACCUCCUCUCCCUGUGAAGUGUCAGAUGAUAAUUUUUCAAAUUUUCCUCAUGAAUAAUUCACUAUCAUACAGUAGUUAUUACUCUUGGCAGAUUAUUAUUAUUAUUGAUAUCAAUGAUGAUUUCAUCAAUAAUUGCCAUUAUUCCACUUGUUACAUAUUGCAAAAUAUUGUUCACCUACUCAAUUGGUAUAGGAUAGUAGUGAAGAAGAUUAGUAUCACAUCUCUGUUGAAUCUAGACUAACUGAAUGGUUAUACAGGGUGUCCGCUAAAAGGAGGUCAAUCCAUUAACCAUAUAUUCCUUGAACAAAAAUAAUAUGAGUAUCUGUAUACCAUUUUUCAUUUUAGCCUUUCAUAUUCAAUUAUAGGGUGCCAAAGUUGGAAAUUAAAAACUGUUUUUUUU